AUGGGUGCCGCAUAUGGGACCGCCAAGUCUGGCGUGGGUAUUGCCUCCAUGGGCGUGAUGCGACCCGAGCUCGUGAUGAAGUCCAUCGUCCCCGUGGUCAUGGCUGGUGUCCUGGGCAUUUACGGCCUCAUCAUUGCCGUGAUCAUCUCCACAAACAUCUCGCCUGCCAAGUACACGCUGUUUGACGGCUUUGCUCAUCUGUCAUCCGGACUGUCGUGCGGCCUGGCUGGCCUGGCGGCGGGCAUGGCCAUCGGCAUCGUCGGCGACGCCGGAGUCAGGGCCAACGCGCAGCAGCCAAAGCUCUUCGUGGGCAUGAUCCUGAUCCUCAUUUUUGCGGAGGCGCUGGCGCUCUACGGCCUCAUUGUGGGCAUCAUCUUGUCUUCCAAGGCAGGCGCUGCGGCCUGA